CAGCAGUUGUUCAGGCACGAGAAGCUCCCGGAGAACUGGACGGAUACCCGUGAGACGCUGCUGGAGGGGAUGCUCUUCAGCCUCAAGUACAUGGGCAUGACACUGGUGGAGCAGCCCAAGGGAGAGGAGCUCUCUGCAGCUGCUGUCAAAAGGAUCGUCGCCACCGCAAAAGCAAGUGGAAAGAAACUGCAGAAAGUGACUCUGAAGGUCUCACCCAGAGGGAUCGUGUUAAAUGACAGCGGGACGAACGAGCUGAUCGAGAACAUCUCCAUAUACAGGAUAUCCUACUGCACAGCAGACAAGAUCCACGAUAAAGUGUUUGCCUACAUUGCCCAGAACCAGCUCAAUGAGAACCUGGAGUGCCAUGCCUUCCUCUGUACCAAACGGAAAAUGGCACAAGCAGUCACCCUCACCGUGGCCCAGGCCUUCAAAAUUGCUUUUGAGUUCUGGCAAGCAGCUAAGGAAGAGAAGGAGAAACGGGAAAGGUCCAUGUUGGAAGGAGAAGGGACAAGCAGCCCCAGCUCAGAAGCCCCUGCCCACCCCAGCACACCCACAGCCACGGGGAACUUACUGGAUUUUGAAGAUUCUGCUAAAUCACCCCUGAGCAGCAGUGCAGACUCCCCACACUUAGAUAACAGCACGUUUGGGCCCAGCUCCUCUGUAAACAACAAUGUGGUGUGGGAAAUGGAUGAUGGUCUCGACGAGGCAUUUUCAAGACUGGCUCAGUCGAGAACAAACCCUCACGUCCUCGACACAGGACUGACAGCUCAAGACAUCCAGAGUGCAGAAACGCUCUCACCUGUCGACUGGAACAAAAUAGAUCCCAGCUCAGGCGAGAGGGAUGAUCUGUUCAUGUUCUGA